GAUACUCUCACUACCCGCAGGUACUUUAUUUAUCGACCCCGAAAGGACGAAAAACAGUUAAUCUAGGCGGAAACGCCUUUUGAAAAAAUGGACUAAUUUUACAGGAGAAACUUUACACCGGUUUCCGACUGACGUCGGGAUUUCAAUGAUGGCUGUUCGUUUCUGUAAAUAUUCUUCACAUCCUUGUUUGUUUUUGUUAUCUUUGACGACCGAUCGUUUUCUUAAUUUCUGAAUAGAAUGACAUUUUUACACAGCAUAUUGCCUUCAACACUUUGAUCAAACUGAUCUCAUUUUUGGAAAGAUGUCACAACAACUUACAGGAGAGCAGAUUAUUUCCAUAUCAAACAAAGUGAUGCGUUAUGUGAGGAAAUGUAACCUGGUUGGUGUGAAGUCCAAACUGGACCCUCUUAAAAUGCCACAUCGCAAACGUAUUGCCAGCCGAAAGAUCCAAGGAUUCACUGCGCUGUUUCUGGCCGUUUCCUACAACAACUUGGAACUUGUUCAGUAUUUGUUACAGGAAUGCAAUGUUCCUGUCGAUCAACCUGUGAUAUAUAAUGAUGAUGCUCAAGUGACCCCUCUUUUAGUGGCUGCAUCAGAACGCUGCAAGAAUAUGUUACAGAUCCUUCUUGAUUAUGGAGCUGAUAUCAAUGUCAAAGACCAUUUGGGUAGCACUGCUCUGAAAAUGUCUGUUAAGGGUGGCAACGUGGACAUUGUUAAGUUUCUUAUUGAAAGAGGUUCUGAUGUUAAUUUUGCUGACCAUAAAGGAGUGACUCCAUUGAUGGAAUCGGUCUUUAACACGGAGUUAGUAGAUCUCCUCUCUUCAAAUGGUGCUAAUUUAUAUGCAACUGAUGCAAAGGGUGACACAGUCCUGCAUUUUGCAGCCUGUAAAGGUAGUUUAGAGGUGUUUAAGUUUCUCCUCCAGAAAGGCUUCAGUCCUUACACAUGCAAUGGCCUCGGUGAGAACAGUUUCCGGCUUGCUGCCACACACUGGCAAUGGAGAAUACUCAUCUAUUUACUGGUAACUUUUCCUUACCCACAACAUUCUCCACAACAGUACUUUGACAGCACCACAACACAGAUAUUUAUUAAAGCUCUUGAUGAAGCUGAACACAACAUUGAUGUCUUUGAAUUUCCUGCACUAAUGGUGACAGAAAAAGUAUUAGGGGUUUGCUGUACGUCACUUGAGGCCUUAGGUUAUGCAGCAUGGCUGCAGUGCGACCUCGGCAAUGUUUCACUAGCAUGGGACAUAUAUUGCCAUUUACUUCGAGCCUGUCAAAGAAUGAGGUGUGUAACGGGCCCUGAUAUUGUUACACUUGAGUUGGAGGUGUUUUGGAAAAUAUACAGUAAAGAUCAACAUUAUUCGAUGCCAUUCAGGGAGGUCAUAAAUCUUGUGCGGCAGAUUGCUAGUGAUAUCGUCAUCAACUGGGAAUCUCUCCAAAACAGCAACUGUGAAGAAAGAUCUUUGAAAAGUUCUUACAAGGUGAAUGCAUGGGAAACGUUGUUACUGUUUGUGGUGAACUUGCUCAAAAUUCUCAUUCAUUACCAACACAAAUGGGAUUCGGUAAGCUUUCAGAGGUUCUCCUGUUCUGUUCUUGAUCGAUACACCAAGGUUUUGUCUCAGACAGAACAGUCACAUGCUGAACAGGAAGGCAUCACGGAUGGAAGUAAACCUGCAAUCUCUUUAAGGCUUCAUGGAAAAUGGCAGCCGACAGACAUUAUUCUCCAAGCGUGUCAUGAAACACAAAACCAGUUUCUGGGAAAAUUUCUCAAAGAAUCACCGUACAUUGUCUUUGAUGCUGCUAAACUUGUUCCUGUAAAAGAACCUCUUUCCCUGCAGUGUCUCACUGCCAGAGUUUUAAACCAAGCAAACAUUGAGUACCACAAAUACUUACCUGGACGCUUGACCGACUUUGUCCUCCAUCACCUCUCAUGAUACCCAAACUCUAACAAACACAAACUUCCUCUUUUUUUUCUCAUGUUUAAUUUUUUGCUGUUUUACAUUAAUUUUUUUUCCAUGUUUGCAGGAUCAAAAAGUUUUUUUUUAUAUUGCUAUUAUUCCACAGCAGAAUGAUGGUCCUUCCUAUUGCUGACCACCCCACCAUGGAGUAGGGGUGGCCCUUGGUUUUAUAUCAGUCAGGAAAAUGGGAACAAAGGGAGCAGAGUUACUGUGCCCUGAGACCACAACGACUGUCAGUGACAUUGGAGGAGAGACAGCAAUAAUGGUAGUACUAAGUGUUGAUGUACUCAGUUUUGUAGUACUUUAAUGUCACAGUCAUUGUACUUCUUUUAAUGAGAGACAAGUGGCUCCGGGCUGUGAGUAUUUCCUCUGUUAUGCAUCGAGACUUGAACUCUACAAGAGAUGCUCAUUUGGAUGAAACACCAGUUUAUUGAUAACAUUUCCGUAUGAUGGGAUAUUCUGAACUGAUUCCUGACGGCUCAGUAACCUGCAGUCUUCCAUUCGCAUCUAGGAAUUGUUAUAGGAAUCGACCUGACUGAGUACUAAAUCAACCUAUUGUUAAAGACAUUUAAUUUGAUUGCCAAUGUGAUAAAAAAAAAAGCCCCCAGAAAAUUAUGCUUGUUUCUAAGAAAAGGGAGACAUUACAAAUCUCAGUUACUUAUCUCAACUUAUAACUUUUGAAAUGAUUUGAUAGAUUUUAGACCCCCACCCCACCCUCCAUACUUUGUCUGGGUAUGAAACUUGAUAAUUAUACAGCUUAGACAACUUUGAUGAUGUUUCUGGGAUUAACCUCACCAUUAACUGUCCCCUCAUUCAGUUUCUUUUCUUGACCAUCAAUCAGUACGUUACUGGGGCAGAACUGACAACUUCAGCUCCAUGGAAUGGUUAUGUUCCUGAAAUUUGGCUUCACAGACUUGACCCUUCUCCAAACUGUACAGAGGGGCACUACAAGAUAGACCUGCUUGAAGUAACAGCCAACAUCUCUCUCAAAUCAUAUCCUACUAUCUUAAGAAAGGACACAUUGAAUAAUGUUGUUCAAGAUAAAACAGGAUGGUCGUGGUUGGAAUGCUGUUGAUUAUGGGUCUGCUCGAUCAGGGCUGACCUAGGGCUAAAGAAGAGUCACAAUAAGAGUGUUGCUACUGUUUACAACAGUGGAUUGUUCCUACCUGUGGUACCUUUUUACAGUUAAGUAGACUGAGCCACUCGAGAGAUAAGUGUCUUGGUCACAAACCCUUAGCUGUGCACUUGACCAUCAGACAUCUCUCUGAGCCAAUUAACAAACCAUUAAUUAUUUGUUGCAUUCUUUAGGAGUUUAAAAUUGUUGUUUCUGCUCAGAUAAUACUUUUUAACUGACAUCUACUCCCCCCCCUCUCUCCCUCUCUAUUCCCCUCUCUCUCUCUACUCCCCUCUCUCUACUCCCCCCUCUCUACUUCUCUCUCUCUCUAUUCCUAUCAAUCCUCUCUGUCCUGUUGAGGCUAACAAACUAUAGUUUUACUUUCCAUCCUGUUGUUCUGCUUGUCACAUCGUUGGGUAAUAUUUUGAGAGUUUUUCUUCUUAACAGUUCUGCAGACUUGGUCUUUGAUCCUCUUCCACAAUAUUUGUUGGUUCCUUUCUACACUUUAAUUGGAGCUGGGACUUAGAAUCGUAACUAAUUAGCCAGAGAAUGUGUGGUCAUCCUUGUUGGCAGUGGUUGUCUCAGAC